AUGUUGAGAGGAGCUCCUGGUUUAAGACGAUCUUGCAAUAUCUUUGUGAGGUCCUUUUCAUCGAGGUCAAGCUUUUUGUGGGCAGAGCAUGACAAAGUGAAGUCGCAUCUUGACUAUUUGUCCAAGUUCUACUCUCCAGAAUUAUUGCAAAGCAUAAAAAUCACGGAAUCAUUGAUAGAUCCCAAGACAAUAUUGGAAUUGAAGAAAAAGGGAGACAAGGUAAAAUCAACCGUUGCACCAGCUGAUCCAUCAUCAGAUUAUUCUAUGACAGAUCCAAAAUGGGACGAACCCAUAAUCUUCCCAAAUCAGGCUGAGGGUCACUCUCCCUACCCUAAAAUUCCUCAGAUUCAAGCAGCUGACAGAACGGAUUUAGUAUUACGUUUCAAAGCGAAUGCUGAUAGCAAGAGACCCUUGUCGGCGUUGAAGGGUAGAAGAGAACUAGCUGAAGGAUUGGCUAAAUUGACUGGCUUGGAUCAAAGAUACAUAUCGGGACUUUAUGUACGUCCCAUAGUCAUGAAGCGUGUUUCCUGUCAGACAUCUAAGGGUAAGAUUCCAAACUUUUAUGCAUUAACUGUUGUUGGUGAUAAGAAUGGUAUGAUUGGUUUGGGAGAGGGAAAAUCUCGAGACGGUAUGAGAACUGCAUUAAUGAAAGCCCACUGGAAUGCUGUCAAAAAUUUGACUCCAAUCCCGAGAUAUGAGAAUAGAACUAUUGUUGGUGAUAUUGAGUAUAAAUUUCAUGCCGUGAAGCUUUUUAUUAAAUCGGCCCCUUCUGGUUUUGGUUUAAGAGUCAACCCUAAUAUCUUCGAAGUUUGUCAAGCUGCAGGAAUCAAGGAUUUAAGAGGAAAGAUCUACAAAUCAAGAAAUCCCAUGAAUGUUACUAAGGGCUUCGUAGCAGCUUUGACGAAACAGAGAUCCUUGGAAGAUCUUGCCAUUGGAAGAGGCAAGAAGCUUGUGGAUUUGAGGAAAGUAUAUUAUUCUGCUUAA